CACUCACUCACAAUUCCUGAUUCCCCUCUCUCUCUCUCUCUCUCUCUCUCUCUCUCUCUCUCUCUCUCUCUCUCCAAUUUUUGAUCCCUUUGUUUUUGCAAUGGCCAUUGUUGAGGUUUCACCUGCUGCCACCACAUUGCCAGAAAAUGUCACAACUGAGGUGGUGACCAAGCCCUUGGAGGAGACACAACCAGAAGAGUCAGUAGCCGUGGUUGCACCACCACCACCUGCUCCGGAGGAGCCAGUGACUGAACAACCAAAGGAGGUAGAAGCCGAAGCAGAACAACCACUAGCUUCUGCCACAGAGGCCGAAGCUCCUCCAGUCGAAAAUAAUAAGGAGGAGGAAGUGGUUGAUGUGGAAGAGGAACCCAAAGUUGAUGUUGAAGAGCCAGUGGUAGUGGUGGAGAAAGCACUAGAAGAGGAGGUUCUAGAGGUGAAGGCAGAGGCUGUUGUUGGAGAAGAAACUACCGAAAAAGCCGUCGAUGCACUGGAAGCCCCGGCUGAGGAACCGGCCGUGGCUGCAGAAGAGAAACCUAAUGAAGCAGUGGAGGUGGAGGUGGAAGCUAAAGAAGAAGGUGAAUAGAGUCACAAUGUCUGAGGUGGAUGGCUAGAUAUCCGUUUCGUGUAGUAAUACUUUCCCAGUGGAAUGGUGCGUGGUUUCACUAGCUAGGAUUGUAUGUCGGUUUUAAGUUUUUAAUCUCGUUUAGUUUAUUUGGAUUAUCAUUGUUGUUGUUGCUAUAUAUUAUGAUUGGUAUUGGUAUGAUGAUUAGGGUAAUGUUGUUUAUAGAUGGGGAUGGGGUUGGGGUUGGGGUUGGGGUUGGGGUUGGGGAGCAAGCAAGCACAAUGUUGUACUUUUGAUUUCCAAUGAAUAAAUACUCCUAGUAGUAUAUUUUGUUAAUUCA